UGUAAGUACCCAAGGGUUGUAAUGUUGCUUAUAGGGCGUGCCCAGUAGUAAUAAGAAGGUACCGACAGGCGAAGAAACGUAUCUGCCUGUCUUGUGUACCUGUCUGCCUGCCUAAGAGGGAGAAACAUUGAACACGUACCAGGCCUGCAGUUGUAGUCUACAUAGGCUGUCCUAGCUUGACUAUAAACUACUAGGUAUACCUACCCAUCUACAUAAUAGUCUUCCAAAAACACAUGCAACCCAUUGUGUGUGAUACCCUCCUAAUAUCUUCAUACAACUAUAACCCCUACAUACUUCCUUCCUUAGGUACCUAGGGUAGGUCACUUUCUGUGUAGGACGAGUGGUCGAUCCGAUUCAAUUCGUCAUGGAGACAUCUCAAGAUAAUAUCGCCGAUAUGGCGAGCCCGCUACCUAAGGAUAUGUCCCAUCACUUCUCCGAUGUGACGAAGGCUAGACAGCCUAGCAGAAUGAAGGAAUUCUAUAAAUACUUCAUGAUCCCCAACAUUGGUCAACUUGCCGGUGGCCUUCCCAAUGACCGUCUCUUCCCCUUCGAUACCCUCGAGGCGCAGACCGCAAAGCCCGAACGAUGGACCCCUUCGCCAAAUUACCCUGACCCCAACGGCGCGCUGGCUUCGCAAAUGGCCGAAACAUCAAUCUCGAAUCCAACUACGGCAUCUCACGUUGUCGUGCCUCAUGAUGCGCCUACUUCGGAUUUGGUGAAGAAGAUCGAUCUCACCACUGCCCUUCAGUACGGUCAGGCAAACGGUUAUCUGCCGCUAACAUCCUUUAUCCGACAAUUCUCACGCGACCUUUUGCAUCCAAACGUGCCGUAUAGAGGAGGACCCGAGGUAGUCUUCACCGUUGGCUCGACGGAUGGCAUGUCCAAAUCUUUAGAGGUUUUCAGCAAUAUUUGGGUGGAAGGCAAAAACGAUAUACGCGAGCGACCGGGCCUGGUAACGGACAUAUUCAUGUAUGCCAACGUGCUCACCCAGGUCUUGCCUCGAGGAAUCCAAGUAGUGGCCAUCGAGAUGGAUGAGGAGGGAAUGGCGCCCUAUGGUCCUGGUAGUCUAGAGGAUGUGCUGGGGAACUGGGAUUAUAGUAAGGGGAAACGACCCCAUUUACUGUACACCGUCACAAUGGGGCAUAACCCAACUAGCGGUGUCUUGUCCCUAGAGAGGAGGAGAGAUCUGUACUCGGUCUGCAGCAAAUAUGAUGUUAUCAUCAUCGAGGAUGACCCGUAUUGGUAUCUUCAGUUUCCAUCUGCAGCAGUCGAGGAGGCGAAGGCCCGGAACCUACCUAUUCCCGAGCCAAAGGAGGCCAACACCCUCGAAAAGAAGUCAGGUUAUCCAUUUAUAGAUUCUCUCGCACCAUCAUUCCUCAAUGUAGACGUAGACGGUCGAGUUGUGAGGCUAGACACCUUCUCGAAAACCGUUGCUCCCGGGUGCCGAUUGGGAUGGAUCACUAGCACGCCUGAAAUUUGUGAGCGUAUACUCCGGGUCAGCGAAUCGGGUACCCAAAAUCCAUCCGGGUUUGUCCAGGUUAUCAUCGCCGAGACGAUCAUAGGGCCGCAACCUCAGGCAUCCGCAGCGUUCGCCGCUAAAUCCCGGAAGGAUCAGCCUACCUUCAACGGCUGGGAGAUGGGUGGCUGGGUGCGGUGGCUAGAGGGAUUGCGUGGCCAGUACGAGAGACGUAUGAACCGCAUGUGCAAGAUCCUCGAAGAGAAUGCGUAUCAGUUGAAGCAGUCGACACCGAUGCGCGAGUCGGACUGGGAUUGGGGCGUCAUCACUAAGACAAAGCUGUACGACUUUCAGUGGCCGCGAGGUGGCAUGUUCCUUUGGGUGCGCAUGCGCUUCGAGACGCACCCGCUGUGGAAGGCUCCCGGGUCCAAGGGGAACAUCAUCGACGGGACGGCCAUGUCUACAGCGCUCAUGAUCUUUCUCACCCAGAAGCCAUACCUAGUGCUUGUGAGCCCAGGUCUCAUGUUCGGUGCCACACCGAAGAUCCGCACCGAGCGGGGCUGGGCCUAUUACCGGAUGUGCUUCGCUGCUGAGUCCGAGGAGAACAUCGACUCCUGCUCUCUCCGGUUCACCCAGGGCGUGCAGAAGUUCUGGCGCAUCAAGAAUGUCAAGGAGCUCGAGGCUAUUCUGGACGAGACAAGUAGUUUGAAUGCGGAGGUGGAGCAGGUGACUGGGCUCACGAAUUUGGGAAGUUGGAUGGGGUGUUAGGUGUUAGGCGGUGGGUGCACGGAUAUAAGUAGUUGGUAAGGGGUGGAUGGACUUGGACGCUCGGUGGGUUUUUAUACUUACUUACCUAAGGUACCCCAUCCCUUCUUGCCAGUUGGCUAGUAAGGCUACAUGAGUGAGUCUCGGAGAGUCAGUACCUACCUGAGACUUUUGGAAUAGUUAUUUGGUAUCAGCUGACAUCAGCUAAAGCUCAUCUUCAGGCUUGUCUUUUUUUUUUCCAAAACUAGAUAUACCAGCGAGUUACCUAGAGGUAGAUUUAUUUAUAUAUGAGAAAUCUUUUACAUCUUGCCAA